AUGUACAGGAAAUUAGUGGUGCUCCUCCUUCUGAUCCACCUGGCGGCCGCGGGUCAGAUCCAGGAUGCUGCCGAGGAGAUCGAUGUGCCGCCUGCCCAUCGGGCUGCUCCACCACCACCCCGCCAGGCAGCUGGAGCUGCUGCUCCCCCACCACCACUGGGGCCACCACCACUUGUGGGCUCUGCACCGCCGCCGAGCUAUCCUUUGUUCUACCCAGCUGCGUGGCUGCCAUUCGGACGCUACAGCAACUCCAUUCCCGUCCACAUAGUGGCUGCCUAG